AUGUACAAUGAGAUGAAUGGUAACUACGACGACGUCGCCAUCAGCACGUUUAAAAGUGGUCUCCCCACAAAGCAUUGUUUAAGAAAGUCCCUAACUAGUAAACCUAUUACCAGCAUUCAUCAACUUAUAGAUAGGAUUGACAAAUACAAAAUGGUGGAAGAGAACCAACUACAAGGGAAAGGAAAGGAGAAGAUCAUCCCUCAUAAGAGGAAUGAUUACAGAUCGGAACGAUACAACAGUAACCAUCCGAGAAGAGAUUUUGCGAGACAAUCAAGACUAACCAACAUGCAAGUGGUUAAUGUCAUAUUCAGAGAGACGGUGCAACAAGUUUUGGAGAAAGUUAAAAGCGAGCCUUUCUUCAAGUGGCCAAAUAAAAUGGCCAGAGACUCCUCAAAACGCAACCAAAGUCUGUAUUGUCAGUACCACCAAGACCACGAACAUACCACCUAA